AUGCAUGCUCUUCUACUAGUAGUCACGACAUUCCUUGCCUGUGUCAGUGCCUCCCUGACAUCUGAUCUCCCAACAGUGUUUCAGCCUAUUGCAGACGAGGUGAACGCUUUCACCUCAUCCAGACUGCUACGGUCGCAUGAAGAGCGAGGAAUUCCGGUCUCUACAAUUGGGAAUAUUAAGAGCAAGUUCAUGCCGUCGACAAUCUCGGAGAAAACACUGCGCGGUUGGCUAAAUGGAAGGGAAACGGCAGACGAUGUGUUCGUUUGGCUGAGUCUGGGCCGCGGAAAGGGUGAAUUAUUCAACAAGCGGAAAUUUGGUACGUGGGUCAAGUACGUCGACGAUUUAACUAAACAGCAUCCUGAAAGUGGGAUGUCGACGCUCUCAAAGUUAACGUCUUACUACGGCGAUGAACGCUUGUCACAAAUGAUCAUCACCGCACAGAAGAACCCAAAAACCCAGGAUUUAGCUGCUGAUCUGCAGAAAAGGCAACUUCAGUACUGGCUGGAUAACAAAAAGGCACCAGCGAAAGUCUUCAAGCUGCUGGAGCUGAACAAGGCGGGUGGCAAUUUGGUUGACAAUCCUCAAGUCUCCGCUUGGCUAAGUUAUGUGGCUGAUUUCGAGAAGAAAUUCCCAAAGCAAGCAGAUGCUAUCAUUCCGAUGGUAACGCGUCACUUCGACGAUGAAACUCUAUCCAAGAUUUUCCGUGAGGCAAAGCAGACUCCCAGUACUGCAAGUAUCGCCAAUAAACUAGACGGAGAGCUAAUCGAGCAUUGGACGGACACUAAAACGCUUCCUAAAUACGUCUUCACGUUCCUGGAACUCAACAGGGCAGGUGACAAACUGUUAGAAGCCCCGCAGUUUGCAACGUGGCUAACCUAUGUGGACGAUUUCUACUCGAGAAAUCCUCGGAAUCCGAGAGUUUCGAUCAUGACGAGUUACUACGGCGACGAAGCGUUGACACGUCUGCUAAUUAAAGCAAUGCAGACUCCAAGUGAAGCAAAUCUCGCUACUAAACUCCACGAAGAGCAGCUUCAGAGUUGGAUAUAUAGUCGGAAGCUCCCUGGAUAUGUCUUCAAGUUCUUGUCGCUGGACAAGGCAGGUGAAAAACUGUUCGAUCACCCACAGUUCAUGAAGUGGAUAAAAUACGUGGAAGAUCUUAACAAGGCAAACCCCGACAAGAAAACGACUUUAAUGUCGGUUUUGGCUAAGCAGUACGACAGUGAAGGGUUGAAGUGGAUGGCGAAAGGAACGCCCAACGACUAUUUCAAGCAACUCAAACUCGAUAAGGAGUACAACGCAGCGAACCCUAAAUAUCAGGCCACACUGAUUGGGACAUUGGCGGCGAAUUAUGGAGAAAUGAAACUGGUAAAAAUGCUCGAUGAAGCGAUGAAGGUGAAAGAUACGGCGAGUGCUGCCAAGAAACUACAGAGCGAGUUAUUCCAGCGCUGGAUACGACUAAACUGGACUCCGGAGUACAUCUUUGUCAAGGUGCUCCAUCUUGACCAAGAAGGAGAUAUGCUAUUUACGAAUCCACUAGUGGUCACGUGGGGGAAAUACUUAAGUGCGUUCAACCGGUAUACCCACGGCGAGGAAACAACAAUAUGGAUGGUGUUGGACGCUACGGGCUACAAAAUCGAAGAAUUGCAACGCAUGGUUGACAGACUCCCAGAACAACUUUUCAGUAUGCUGCGACUUGGCAAUAAGGGCGACAGCCUACUGACAAGCCCUCAACUCGCCAACUGGAUUCAGUAUCUCGAUAACUUCUAUGUGACUUUCCCUGAUAUGGGUAAAACCAUGAUGAAGACAGUGCGUGAAUACUAUCAUGACAUAUCGUUAGUAGACAUGAUCGUAUCAGCGAUGAAGGCUCCCAGCACGGAGAAGAUUGCUAAGCGCAUGGAACUCGAGUUGUUUAGAAACUGGCACGCCGUCUCUCAUAAGACUCCGGACAACAUCUUCCAGAUCCUUGAACUUGACGAAGCAGGAUCAAUGCUACUCGCCAGUCCUUUACUGGACAUGUGGAUCCGGUACUUGACUGCUUUUAACAAGCAGACACCCAGCGAGAAGACGAGCAUUAUCGGAACAUUUCUGAAAUACUACGAUGAGAGUGAGCUGUCACAAAUGAUCAUCACGGCUAAAGGUAACACAAAUACAGAAGAACUGGCCUCUAACUUAGAGGAUGCGCUAAGCCUUUACAAGAAUAGCUAGGGAUGUAAACACAUCUUCACCAAGUGGCAUAAUAUAUAUCAUAUUAUACUGCAACUGGCAGAGCC